AAUAUCCCCAAGGUUCGUGCCAUUUAUAGGGGACGGAGCGGGGGCACCACGCUCCCGCAUUCUUCUCCCUCCACUCAUCGCGUCCCCGUUGCCGUUGGCACGCAGCAGCAGCGCGGGGAGGCCACCGCGUGCAGGGAACACGGAACAAGGGGCCGCGAGGAAGAGGGGAAGGAAGAAAAGGGUCGGGGAGCGAUGGCGCUGGGCGUGCGGGCGGCGCCCUUCACGUACGUGGCGCACGUGCUGGCCGUCGCGGCGGCGGCCAUGGUGCUGGUCUGGGCCAUCCACUUCCGCGGCGGGCUCGCCAUCGAGGCCACCAACAAGAACCUCAUCUUCAACGUUCAUCCUGUUCUCAUGCUGAUUGGAUAUAUUAUUAUCGGCAGUGAAGCUAUAAUGGUAUACAAGGCAUUUCCAACGUUGAACCAUGACACGGCUAAGCUGAUCCAUCUAAUUCUCCAUGGGAUUGCGCUUGUCCUUGGUGCGGUUGGAAUAUACUUUGCUUUCAAAAAUCACAAUGAAAGUGGGAUCGCCAAUCUUUACAGUCUGCACUCUUGGAUUGGGAUCGGAACGAUUAUUUUAUAUGGUAUUCAGUGGAUAUUCGGAUUCGUUACAUUCUUCUUCCCUGGUGCUGCACCAAACUUGAGGAAGAGCGUCCUUCCUUGGCACAUACUAUUUGGGCUCUUUGUCUACAUCUUAGCGCUGGCUAACGCAUCACUCGGCUUUCUGGAGAAGCUCACUUUCCUGGAGAGCGGAGGCCUCGACAAGUAUGGUACAGAGGCAUUCUUGGUGAACUUCACAGCACUGGUUGUCGUGCUGUUUGGUGCUUCUGUCGUGGUAGCUGCUAUAGCUCCGGCUCGCCUGGAAGAACCACAGGGUUAUGCUCCAAUCCCAGAAAGUUAGUUCGAAUGAAGUGUACAGAAGAUACAAAUGACAGGAUUGGGCAUUACCAUAGGGAUGUGUCUCGUUAUUAAAAGAAGAGAAGGUACUGGAAUUGUCACAAUAAGAAGAUAUUGCAUCUUCAUUGUGUGUGUAUAUACAUUAUGGUACUUCAAACUUUCAGUAUAUUAAUAUAUGCAAGACUGAAUAUCCUGUUUGAUAAAUAUACUCUCUCUAUUGUUUU